UCAUUCUCCCCAUCUUUUCUCUCCAUCUCUCUUCCCUCCCUCUCCAUAUCUUUCAAACAAACACACCCCCACACUGUACACACACAAUUCCAAAUUCAGACACAUGCUUUUCUACUGUAUGUCAUUAUGAUAAUAGAGCUACUCCCCAGGAGUUGCAUGGGUGAUGGAUUUUCCCCCAUUCUCUCCUUCUUUCUUUUAUUCUUUCUAUCCCUUCUAUCCCUUCUCUGUCAAUCGGGUCAAUGCAAAGCAUUGACUGUGUGUAGCGAAGCAAGGUAGCCUGGUACAGAGAGUAUCCUGUAUAUACACAGGCAUUAGAACGGUCACAUGCUGUGAGGAUUAUUAUUAGCAAGUCAGGAAAAAAGAGCGAGGCCCUCAAGCUUGAUUGAACGAACGAACGAACGAACGAAAGAAAGAAGAAGGAAGGACUAUGCAAUAUGAGCACACUGCCAUGACUCAGUACUCUGCAUGGAGUGUGUGUGUGAGUGUGUGAUGCAUGCUCUCAGGCUAGCGCUGUAUGCAUAGAGUGCAUUGGUAGCAACCGUCCCUGGCUCUCCUUGCAUUUCAUUUCAAAUGUGGUGUGAUGUGCAGAUCAAGAUCUGGGGGAGUAAAUAUUUCAUAGCAGCCCAAACCAAAAUGUUUUCCAAAGUGAUCUUCAAAUGAAGCAGUGACAAGAACUGCCAUCAAACUCGUUGGAUUACACUUAUCUUCAUCUUACUUGGAUACCAAUCUGGAAUUAAAUCUUGUUUAACGACUGAGGAGCCAUUGCCUUCCUGAACCAUUUGGGUGAUUCUGUGGGAGCGCGAUAGCUAGAGGGCUGGCAGCUCGCUAGCUAACCAGCUAGCUAUCACCGAGUAGGGAGGCUCUUCAGCCGUUGUCUUGACACCACGGUUCGUUCCGGCUUCAAACUGACUCGCUACCACACUGUGGAUUUAAAUGCAGUGUCGGGAUUGGAAGACAGCAUGGCGGAGAAAGCGUCUCCUCAUAAAAAGGAAAAACAACCGCCAUUAAAAAUGCCGCAGUCAGCCAAACCUGAGAGCAAGACGUCUCUCAAAAGAAGACUCUUCAACACUAGUGUCAAUGGAGAGGAAGACAAGAAGGCGAGUAAGCCUGCUCCUAAGCGUAAGAAGCCUGGUUCCCAACCUGGUAGUCCCACCCUCCUAGGUACACCCGGUAGAACCAUCCCUCUUUCAGAACGGCAGCAGCUUGCUCUCCUGAUGCAGAUGACAGCCAAUGAAAAUGAAAACAGCAAUCCAGUAUCAGUGCAAACACCUCAGUCAAAGACUGGUCAUAACCCAGCCACACCAAACAGCUCAGGUGGGGUGAAGAACAAGGUGAAUAAGCGUAAUGAGAGAGGUGAGACUGCUCUUCAUAUGGCUGCCAUCAAGGGUGAUGCUCAGAUGGCCCAUAAUCUCAUCAAACAAGGAGCUGAAGUCAACGUCCAAGACUUUGCCGGUUGGACUCCACUCCAUGAAGCGUGCAAUCACGGUUACUAUGAUGUGGCCAAGGUACUCAUCAAAGCAGGUGCUUCGGUCAACACCAUGGGACUUGAGGAUGAUACCCCUCUUCACGAUGCAGCUGUUAAUGGUCAUGUCAAGGUUGUUAAACUUCUCCUGAAGCAUGGUGCAAACCCGCUCCAGGUGAACAAGAGAGGGAAACGCCCUCUUGACAUUGCCUGCUCUACGGAGAUCCACUCCCUCAUGAGGUUAGAGAUCAUAGCCUCAAGUAGCGACAGCUCGGAUCAGGUCAUAAGAUCACCGUCAUCUCCAGAGAGUAUGGCCUCGCCCCAUCCCAUCAAUGUUCAUGGCAAUCUCAACAACAAGGUGGUGAAGACUGGUGCAGAACUACCUGAAGAUCCAUAUGAAUUCACCCAGGACAGCGGGAGCAGUGAGCAAAAGAUCACCAUUCAUUGGGCAUCACCUGACAAAUCUGGCAAGGGUGCCAAUGUGAUGGAAAUAACAAGAACAAUACCCAAAGUGCGGGACAUCGCCGCACCCAAUUCUGUGUCGUCGACCACCACGUCGGAGAGUGAUCUCUUUGAUCCGCAUUUAACAUCUACAGCCUCCAAGUUGGAAUGUGUCGAGGAGGAACGAAGACAACCAAGUCCGUCCAUAACCACCUCUGUGGCUCCCAUAGAGAGAACUAUAGACUCUUUACCUGUCACAAGAGUGACGUUGACAGAGGUGAAAGAGGACUCAGAUAGUUGUGUUAGUGAGACGAAUCUGUACAUAUCGGAUGAUUCCAAUAUGGCAGGGGAUAACAAAGACGGAAGUAAAGCUGAUAGUACUACAGUCAAUGGUGGCAUACCCUCGUGGAACUUUAAGAGCAAAAUCAAUGAGAAUGGACCAUCAGGGAAAGUUGUGUCUUCACUCAGGAGUGAAAACUCUAGGGUAUCAUGCAGCGCUCCAAGUCCUCAGACAGAUGGGCAGUCGGGUACUGAUAGCGCAGCAGUGGUGUCCCCUUAUGAUUUUAAUGCAAAUGAGAAUGAAGUGAGAACUAUGGAAACUACCAUUACAAGACCAGAGCCUGUUUCAAGUAGAAAUAAGUUUUCUCCCACGAGAUCCUCACCUGUACAAAGUGCACAUACAGUAUCUUCAAAACAUUCAGAGUCACCGACCGUGUGUGAUUCAUUGUCUGUGCAACAGGAGUCUGUGUCGUCAAAUUGUGUGCAAACUUCAGGGAUUCAUAGUCCAGGUAAACAGUCCUCAGGGCAUGAGAGUGAGCGUUCAGAACCUGAUAGUGAUCAAAGGACAGAAUCUAGGAGGGAAUCUCCCUCACAAAGCAUUCCCGAUUCAAGAGAGAGGAGCGAAUCAGACUCGUCACAUGAAACCAAGCACCAUGGGAAGGAGAAGACGAAAAAACAUCGUGACCGUUCGCAAAAGAGCCAUAAAAGGCAUCACCGGCAUCAUAGCCACAGUUCAAGGAAAGAAGAAAAAAUGGAUACUUCAGAGGAGGCUACAACAUCCACCCAGUCUGCUUCAGAUCAGGUCAAAGAAGACUCUAAUAAAACUCAUGAGAAAGUUUCAUCACCGCAAAUUACUGAGGAGGCACAAGAACAAUCAUCAAGGAAAUCCCCAGACAGGAAAUCACAAUUCUCAGCUGUGGCUAGGGAAUACUACAUUGUUUCACCUCCAUCAUCUGGUGAUAAUGCAGGAGAAAUCAAAUCAUUAUUACUAAGGAUUAGCAGUGAUGCGUCUCAUAAAUCCAAAGAUAAUACAUCAUCUAGUACUUCAUCUGUGUCGUCCACAAGUGCCUCAGGUUCAAAUAAUGGAAAUCAUAAGAAUGAUACCAAAUCAUCGGGCAAUGUGAAUGAAAGGACUAGUGGGUCAAAUGGGGAAAAUGGCAAUGCUCGUAAGAGUCCCGUGAACAAGGAAGCAGAGCGCAGGCGCUCUCCGGCUAGAGGAAGCCCUGAUGUAACCUCAUCAGUCAAUGGUUCAGGGAGAUCGAGCUCCCCAAAGGGUAAUGAAAAAUCCACAGAUAAAGUUGAGAAGAGUGAAAAGAACAGUGAUAGCUCAACAUCCUCUACCACCUCAACUGAGGAAAAACAACCCGCAAAAGUAACAAGGACUUUGAGAUCGAACUCGGCAUUGACCACUAGCAGUGACAGUAAUGGCAAUGAGGAAAAGAAGGAAGAAAAGGACAAGCCAACCUUUUCCCAGCCAAUGACACGGAGCCGGCGCAACCAGGUGGAAGCAGCAGCAGCAGCUUCUACAUCAAACACCAAUGCAAAUUCAACCAACAACAACACAGAGGCAAACAUGGAAUCCCAUCCAAGGAAACGCAAGUUGGCCCGUCACCGGCAGAACCAACAGAUGGAAGAGGCCAAUAAUGUUCCUGCAGCACCCCAGGAGAAGACCAACUCCAUCGAGGCAUUCCUCAACAUCCGACAGCAGGUGGCAGAAAGGCAGAAGACCCUGAUGGCAUCUGUGCAACCGAAACCACCUAAUGGAUACAAAGAAUACCUCAUGUACAGGAAGAACUACCUCCUGCAGUCUGACCCGGAUAACAAGAUCGGUCAAGUCAUUCCAAGGAUGUCUGCACCAGUUAACCUGACAAAUGGACUGUUGAGUCAGUUCUCUGAGCAGGAGAAGAUUCGACAUGAACUUCGUCUUAGACAUUACAUAGAAAGGGAGAAGCUGAUGUUGGCUGCAGAGCAGGACAUUGUGAGAGUCCAUGGACGAGCUGCGAGGGCGCUUGUCAACCAGACCAUCCCAUUCAGUGUGUGCACAGUUCUGAAGGACAUGGAGAUAUACAACAUGCCUGAUCCUCUGCCUCUGGAGGAGAAGGGCAAUAUCAGGCAGAGGUUCAAUGGACGUCAGUUUAUCUCUUGGUUACAAGACGUGGAUGAAAAAUAUGAAAAACUCAAGGAGGAGCUCUUACAGCGUCAUCAGCAUGAGGCAGCUUCACUCUACGCCAUUCAGAAACUAGAAUGGGAACUCAAGCUUCAAGAACUCAAGCAAUGGGAUUCCAAGAGCCCUCCUCAGGUCCACUCAAGCCAUGUACCCAUCGUGGAAGUCAACAGAGACUUUGACCUGUUGCCUGCGUGACGUCCCAAUCGCUUCACCCAAACCAUGAACGGUCUAUGGGCAUGUUUGAGGUAUCCAGGGCAGCAGGUCCCAAGCAGGCUUUAGCGUAUCGCAUCACUAGAAUUACUUUUCUCAAUAUAGGAUCCACGAGUGGGCCCAACAAUGCCACCAACCUCUUGUAAAGAGAGGAUGGUUCACCGUUGAGGUCUACAGCCAUCCUUUCUUCUUUCCAGCUUGACAACACAGUAUACCAAUGUAGACAUUUCAUUAUAAACCUAACAUCUCAUGGGUCAUCGUAACGAGCAUACAUUGAUUCGAAGAUCGUGUGGUUGCAUCGUAUCCACCAAAACUAAGGCUUGUUACAGGACUUCAUGCAGCAAAAUAACCGGAUUGACAUCAUUUGAACCUGGCGCUGUCAGAGUCCCAUCAUUCUAAAUUGUUCUGGGGAGCGUUUCAUCAGUAUUUUCAUCCAACAAGUUGUCAGAUCUGACAUCUUUCCAUGAAUUUGAUUGGCUGAGAGGCACUGUUCCUAUGGUAACUGUCGGAUAAAAUGGGACUUGUCGGAUAAAACGUCCGACAAGUCCUUUCAUGAAACGCCCCCCUGUUUGAGCAAAUUGUUUGGCCUCUUCCAUCAUGACAACUAUUUUAUUUCUCUACCUUUAGGCUAGUUUGAGCCUGAGGGACUUGUUCCCUUUUGAAGUACCGGGGCCCUGUAACAUCAAAAGAUACAAUCAACUGUACAUGGAAUUAUAUCCAUUAGUCUAUGGCAGUCCAUGUACAGAUAUUGUAAUCAAUUGUAAAUAUUGAUUGUAUAGUUUUAUGUUGCAUGGUCCUGUUGUACUUAAUCACUGACUGUAGGUAAUGUAAAAGCCAAAUAUUUUGAGGUUGACAUUUUUAGACCAGUUUCACAAACCUGUCAUGAGCUCUUUACAUGCCAUCGAAUUGCGUGUAAAUGUAAACGAUGGUGAAGUGUUAUCUUUCAUGGAGAAUUUAAUACCUAUAUCAUAUAAUAAUAAUAUAGGAUUUGUAACGCACAUAUAUCCACCUUGUGAGGUGCUCAUGGUGCUCCUAUAUUACCCUGGCUAAGCUAGUUUACCGAUCCCGGUGCUCACAGCUUUUUGAGGAAUUACUUCCUGCCAGUACCCAUUUCACUCACCUGGGAUGAGUGCAGCACAAUGUGGGAAAGUUUCUUGCUGAAGGAAAACACACCAUGGCUGGGAAUUGAACCCAAGUCCCUCAGAUUGAAAGACGACAGUCUUAAUCACAACGUCCCCACCUAUCUAUUGAUGUCAGUCAAAUUGAGUGGAAUGAAUUUAUAUGACCAAUCAGUGUAUACUUGUUAUGUUUUUUUUUUUUUUCCUCAUCUGGUAAAAUGAUUAUCUCCUAAUCCUGGACCGAAAGUGCAGAAUCUGUCAACGAAAUGUAAUGUUUUGUGAUCAAUCUAAUUGGAUGGUACAGAAUAAAUAGCUGAUACCCAAGUAUAAGUAUUUUACAGGGAUUUCCAUUGCUUUUCAUCAAAUUGUAAUCCAUCUUCCUUGUAAGGUCAAGACUCUAAAACAUGCUUUUCUUUAGGUUUUCCAAGAAGAUAGACUUAUGACAGUUUUGUGAAGCACCAUUGUGUUGGAUGUUUACAAACAUUCUCAUAUCUAAAUUUAUUGUUGUCAGUUGAUGAAUGAGAGGCUAUAUCUGUCUCCCAUUCCCUCCCUAUAUAAUGCAUCAUACAUGUCUUUUAAGUGUAAUAUUUUCUGCUUAGUCCCAUUAGUGCAUUUUUAUUCAUGAAUAUGGUUAAGAAUAUCAAGCAGCUGACUUUAGAUUUAAAAAAAAUAAGGUAUGUUUGUAGUGAUACAACUCUUGUAUAUUUUGGGGGCAUUGUUUUGAGAUUCAUAUUCAUUUGUUUAUCGCCAUACAACAUGCCCUUUAAUGCAAUAUCUGCAUCAGUUUUUACUAAUAGUGUGAAAAUAUUCACAAGUGUGAUAAGAUUCUAUAAGAAAAGUGAUAGAAUGUUGUAUUAGUAUUAUGGGAGUCGAGGACCAACAGAGAUCAGAGUUUAAUAGGUAACUGUAUCGUUGGUCUACGAGUAAAUGAACAAUAGUUCCUCCGACCACACAUGGACAAAACCUGUUUGUCUCUCUUGAGUGGUAAUGCUACGUCGGUUACAACAUAUAUGCUGGCUGUGUCUAAAAUGUUUGAUUAUGAAACUACCAAAAGAUCCACCCCAGCUUGGAUAAAAACUGCUUUAUGCAAUUCAAAUUUGUAUUAUGCACACAUGAAGACAGAAGUUCCGCAUAGGACCUGUCAGAUACGCAGUAAUUAUCUGGUCUUAAUUUUUAAUUCUAAUCAAUGUACAAGUUUUGGCUUUUACUUUUCUCUGUGUGGUCGACUCUGAGAGCACUGCUUCGGGUUCUAGAGCUCCUUGCAGUUUUGAACGGGUUCUGAGGCCGUGGUGGCACAUUGUAAGUACGUGUUAAGAAGUGAAGACUCGGAGGGAUUGGGGCCAUUAGCACAUGGAUGCAUCAAAAGUAGCCUCUUUGACGCAGCCAUGGCUAAACGUUUCCAUUUUGAAGUUUAUUGAUUUUGGUUUGUACUUCGGAGAGUGAGGUCAGCCGUCAUUCUGUCAGUACAAAGCCAGCGUUGUAAAUAUAUUAUCUCCUGUACAUAACGGAACUGAAGCUGUACAUAUCUUUAUUUUUUUCGUCACUAUGAAAAAUUCUCUCCGGUGUGAUGAGCAGUCCGGGUAUACCUUAUUGGCCUGUGGCUCAAUCAAAGAGUCCUCUCUGUGAUUUGUUGGAGAGAGGAGGGAAUGGAGAGCAUCUAUGCUAAUGUGAAAUCUUGUGUUUCUAUAUUGUACUGUCUGUCGUGUAUUCAGUGAUCAGUUAAGUGAAGGUAUCCUCUGCUUGACAUUUCUUAUAAUAUUGCCGACUUGUGUAUGGCACCAACUAUCGUAGCUCGUGCGUAAACUACAGAAGUUCAAUCUUAUCAUGGAGUUAGCCCUUUGAGGUCAGAUGCAAUGUGUAUUAAAUCCUAAUCCAGUGUUAUACAUCAGUAUAGACAAUGCUAAACAUUAAUAGAGUGGUCAGUGUCUAUAACUUUCACUAUUCCGUAAGAUUAAUGUAGUCAUUUAGCUGCAUUGCGAGUCAACUUUGUGAACAUCCAUGUUAGAGGCUGCACCAUUUAAUGUUCUAUAGCCAUGGUAACCAUUCCUAAUAUCAAGUAAGAAUGUUUUAUUAAGGUUAUCUUACAAUAUAUUCAACGUAGUGAAAGGUGAAAUAUUUCCCUCUUUUUUCAUCUUGAUUACAAAUCAAAAGGUUCCAUAAUGAUAGGGUUUUAUUAUGCUACAUGGAAUUUAAAGACCGGAUGGUCUCACCGUCAGAUUUCCAUACAUAAAUGUCAAAGGCAUUCAGAAUUCAGGUAGCAAGAUGGCCAUAAAAAUGCUAGAAUGUCCAUUUCAGACUGUAAAUACCGAUUAUUUGAGGUUUGAAAUAUUAAGUCAUUUCGAAUUAAAAAUUUGCAUUGGAAUUUGAAGCGUUGUUGAUUUACACUUGACUUUGGAUCAAUUUUUCAAGUUGACAGUUUGAAUGGAUUGGAUAAGAUAAUUCACAAUUUAAUUUCUUAAAACAAAAGUUGGCAUCAGUUCAGUAAUGUUCGAAAUGUUGAGUUAAUUAGAUUACCCUUGUAAUUUUUGGCUGACUCAAAAUUACAAUUUGUUCACUGCUUUUAAAUUUGAUUUAAUACCGGUUCAUCAAUGUUCUGUGUUUUGCAUCAGCAAUCACCGUUUGGUAUGCGUUCAUUAACAUGUUGAAUUUUCUCUUCUGCAAAAACAAAAUUUGAAAGUUUGUUGUUAGUUUUCACCUUGUUACUGAGUUUGACACUAUUUGAUGUUAAAUUUUGGAGUUUAUGAGUGAAUGAUUGUCCUCCGUGUUCCACUAGUAUUUUGUCUGUAUUGUUUGAUAUUGCUUUUUGUUCCGAGUCUUGAUUUUGAGGUUAAAGAAUUAAAGAAAAUAAUAGAUAGGGAGGGGGUAACAGCACAGAUUAGGAUUGUAAUUGAAAAUAAAUUUCAAAGAUACCAUUAUUUAAACAAACUUUGAUCAGUAGUAGUACAUACCCCCAUCUAUGUAUAGUAUCUUCAUGAAAGAUAAGUUUUAAAUUGUCAAAAUGACAGAUCAGGAUUGUAACUGAAAAUAAAUUUCAAAGAUACCAUUAACUUGUCAUUAAUAGUUGACAAUCCUGCAACUAUACCAUCCCUCAUGAUAAAACAUAACAUAUAGGUUCAAUUUGAUAAUUAUUAACACUAGUUUAAAGUGCAGAUUUUCGGUAAUCAGUUUUGAAUAUACAGAGUAAACAACCAAUGAUUAUUCGAUUUAUUAUUUUCUUUGAUUUUACACAGUUACAAAGUAUAUCAAAUACUAAACACAGGAGGGUAUUCAUUUCAAGCUAUUAAACUACAACAUCAUAUGAUAUCUCAUAUCGAUUGGAAUUUCAGCUCACAUUGUACACAGUUGUCAUCUGUUGAUUAAAUGGAUUGUUUUAUGCCACUCUAGUAUAAAUGCAUACGUUCAUAUGAACUCAGAAUUCUCUCGGCUACAUACAUGAAGACAAAAAUGGAUUUACCCUAUUCAUAAUCCUAAUCCUUGUGAUUUCAAUAUAUGUACUAGUUCUUUGCACCCAUUUGUGCCUUUGUGUGCAGAUGUAGUCAAUUAUCAACAAUCAAUUUAAAAAAAAAUCAGUGGUUAUAUUUGAUGUGUAUAACAAGUUGACUUGUAAAUCCGACUGUAUUCUCAUCUUACAUAAUGUGAUUUACAGUGGACACUCUAUGGCGGCAGCAAAGUUGAUAACAAGUUUCUUGUUGGAAAUUUUUCUCAUGAAUAAAAUGUAGAAAAAAGUGA